UUCCAUUGACAUUCGGUGAGGGCGCUUUUCUCGCGCAUGUCAGUUGAAAACUUCCGGGUAGAAGAAAAGAAGAUUGAAACGAAAAGUUACCUCAUAAAAACAUUAAUUUAGCUUUUGAAAACUCCCUCACAGUAAAUGGCUCUCAAAAGAAUAAAUAAAGAAUUACAGGACUUGGGCAGGGACCCUCCAGCACAAUGUUCAGCAGGACCUGUGGGGGAUGACUUAUUUCAUUGGCAAGCCACAAUAAUGGGUCCUCCCGACAGUCCAUACCAAGGUGGUGUGUUUUUCCUCACUAUACAUUUUCCAACAGAUUACCCUUUUAAACCACCGAAGGUUGCCUUUACAACUAGAAUAUAUCAUCCGAAUAUAAACAGUAAUGGUAGUAUCUGUCUAGAUAUUCUGCGAUCACAAUGGUCACCUGCUUUAACUAUAUCUAAAGUGUUGCUGUCGAUCUGUUCCCUGCUGUGUGAUCCAAACCCAGAUGAUCCUCUUGUACCAGAAAUUGCACGCAUCUUCAAAACAGACAGACAAAAGUAUCUACAACUGGCAAAAGAGUGGACAAAUAAAUAUGCCAUGUAAAAGGGUUACUAUGUCGUUCUCCAUUGAAAUUGACAAAUACUAUGAAGUACUCGUGUAUGGCUCAAGCCUUCAGUGAUUUAAAAUGCAACUCAAAAAUCUCUUCAUCAAUCCAGUUGAAUAUUUUUCAUAUUAUUUUAAAUGAUGCAAAUCUGUACUGACCUGUUUUUAGCUUGGGCCUAAAAAAACAUUGUUUCCAGUAACAUGCUAGGGUAGGUAGGUUGGUAAAUUUUUGUUGGGGGGGGGGGGGAUUUUUUUUUAUUAAGUGGGACUUUUUCGGAAAUUUUAUUCCUUUCCACGGAACUUCAAGCACAACUGCAAGUACACCUAAGGUAGUGCUCAAUUCCUGGUGGUCUGAGGACAAGCAGUGUACUGAUAACAUUACAAUCUUCAGUACAGUCUUUCUUUAAAGGAUCAUUCUGUAAAAAAAAUGAAUACAAAUUUUAGAGCAUCAGUAAGUUGAUCUCUAACAUCACUGUGUUUAAAGCAUAAAAAGUACAGUACAUAAAAGAAAAUUCUCCAAGGCCAUAAAAACAUUUAAGGUUGGGCCAAAAAUUUAGGGUAGGUCAGGAUACCGGAAACAAACAAUUGUUUUUAGGCCUCACCUGAGACGAGCUAUUAGUAUAGGUGGGUAGUUAAGUGUCAGUCACUGGCCUUCCAUAUUCAGCAGUUUACAUAAAAACUACUGGUCAGAAUUGCAUCAAAUAUAGCAUCCUGUCAAGGUCCUAUCAGUUUUAUUCAAAUGGUUCCGCUUGACUGCUAUGGGUAGCUAGGGCUAUAAAUAGAAAAACCUUAAAACAACCUAUGAACCGCCUGUUAGAUCUUCAUCAACCUUGGUCUGUAAGCAUUGUUAUAACGUCCUCUCCCUAAUUUGUUCACUGAGGACACUCAAUUCCUGUUAGGGGCAAUUAGAGCUAAAAAUAGAAAAACCUUAAAACAAUAUCUUAUCUUGAACCACUUGAUGGAUCUUCAUUAAACUUGGUCUGUAGCAUCAGUCUUCUCAGUUUUGUUCAAAUGUAGACAAUUGGUCCCUUUUAGGGAACAUAAGAGCCAAAAAUGGAAAUACAUUUGAAUGAUUUCACUUGAUGCAUUCUCAUCAAACUUAGUUUGUAGUCUCUAAUUUUAUAUGAAUGGAGGAGCUUGGCUCCUUCUAGGGACUGCUAGAGCUAGAAUAGAAAGUCUUUUAAGCAACAUCUCGCACACCACUGAACUUCAUGAAACUUGGUAUGUAGGGUAAUUACCCAAAAGUGUUCAAAAUGGGGGCUAGAGGUAAAAAUAGAAAUACACUGAAACAACUUCUCAUGAAUUGCUUCAUUGAUCUUCAUCAAACUUUGUGUGUAGCAUUAUUAGAAGGUUCCCUCUCACGUUUAUUCAAAUGGGGGCUUUAUGUCCAUCUUAGGGGCCGCUAGAGCUGAAAAUAGAAAUACCUUUAAUUGACUUCUUUUCAUGAAGAGCUUGAUGGCUGUUCAUCAAAAUUGGUCUGAAGCAUUUUUAUAAGGUCCUUUUCCAAGUUUAUUCAAAUUGAACCCUUUCAGGGGCGCUAGAGCUAAAAAUAGAAAAUUUUUCAAUGACUUUUUCUCAUGAUUCAGUGUGUCAUACAUACCUUCAAGUUCAAACAGUCAAGUUCAGGUGAGCGACUUAGGGUCAAUAUAACCCUUUUGUCUUGCUUUGUAUUCUUUUGUUUGUUAAAAUAUGAAAGUGCUAGUAGUUUGAACCUGUUUGUUUGUUGGGGUUUUUCUUAAUUCACAUUUCAACAAGCAAGUUUUGCAUAUUCUCUUAUUUGGAUAAUAGCGCUCCAUCAGAUAUGUGAAACUUAUAACUUAAGCUCACCUUUAUCUAAGUGUAUGAUUUACUGUCAAAAUUACAUAUCCCGGCUUGAAUGCUAAUCAUGGGUUAAUGGAAUAGGCAAAUGUUUUCUAUUACUUCAGAGGUGAAAGUAGUCUGAAUUUUAAAUAUUGAAGCUCAUAGGAUCACUUAGAGUUGACGUCUGUCCGUCUGAAUUUGUUUUGUGCAUAUUUCAAAAAGUAUUUUACCCAGGGUCAUCAGACCCCACAGGAUUCUCAUUCAGCAUGUGAAAUUGUGCACCUAGGAUUUUAACUUGGAUUUCACACUGCCAGACCAGAGUUAUAGCCCUUUACUUAGUCAAAAAUAUUCAUAAAAAGAGCCCAAAAGUUUUUUUUCACAUGUACUUCAGAAAGUAUCUGACAUGGGGAUUAUGUAACAUUUUAAGAAUAUUGUAUAGCGUGUGAGGUUGUGCACCUCUACUAGAGUUAUGUCUGUUGACUUUUUGUUCUCUCAAAUUUAUUCAAAUGGUUCCACUUUUUAGCUCACCUGUCACAAAGUGACAAGGUGAGCUUUUGUGAUCGCGCGGCGUCCGUCGUCCGUCCGUGCGUCCGUCCGUAAACUUUUGCUUGUGACCACUCUAGAGGUCACAUUUUUCAUGGGAUCUUUAUGAAAGUUGGUCAGAAUGUUCACCUUGAUAAUAUCUAGGUCAAGUUCAAAACUGGGUCACGUGCCGUCAAAAACUAGGUCAGUAGGUCUAAAAAUAGAAAAACCUUGUGACCUCUCUAGAGGCCAUUUGUUUCACAAGAUCUUCAUGAAAAUUGGUCAGAAUGUUCACUUUGAUGAUAUCUAGGUCAAGUUCGAAACUGGGUCACGUGGGGUCAAAAACUAGGUCAGUAGGUCUAAAAAUAGAAAAACCUUGUGACCUCUUUAGAGGCCAUAUUUUUCAUGAGAUCUUCAUGAAUAUUGGUCAGAAUGUUCACCUUGAUGAUAUCUAGGUCAGGUUCGAAACUGGGUCACGUGCCGUCAAAAACUAGGUCAUUAGGUCUAAAAAUAGAAAAACUUUGUGACCUCUCUAGAGGCCAUAUUUCUCAAUGGAUCUUCAUGAAAAUUGGUCAGAAUGUUCAGCUUGAUAAUAUCUAGGUCAGGUUCGAAACUGGGUCACGUGCGGUCAAAAACUAGGUCAGUAGGUCUAAAAAUAGAAAAUCCUUUUGACCUCUCUAGAGGCCAUAUUUCUCAAUGGAUCUUCAUGAAAAUUGGUCAGAAUGUUCAGCUUGAUGAUAUCUAGGUCAAGUUCGAAACUGGGUCAUGUGCGGUCAAAAACUAGGUCAGUAGGUCUAAAAAUAGAAAAACCUUGUGACCUCUCUAGAGGCCAUAUUUUUCAAUGGAUCUUCAGGAAAAUUGGUCAGAAUGUUUACCUUGAUGAUAUCUAGAUCAAGUUCGAAACUGGGUCACAUUGGUUUAGGAAAUAGGUCAGUAGAUCUAAAAAUAGAAAAACCUUGUGACCUCUCUAGAGGCCAUAUUUUUCAUGAGAUCUUCAUGAAUAUUGGUCAGAAUGUUCACCUUGAUGAUAUCUAGGUCAGGUUUGAAACUGGGUCAUGUGGGGUCAAAAACUAGGUUAGUAGGUCUGAAAAUAGAAAAACCUUGUGACCUCUCUAGAGGCCAUAUUUCUCAAUGGAUCUUCAUGAAAACUGGUGAGAAUGUUCAGCUUGAUGAUAUCUAGGUCAGGUUCGUAACUGGGUCAUGUGCGGUCAAAAACUAGGUCAGUAGGUCGAAAAAUAGAAAAACCUUGUGACCUCUCUAGAGGCCAUAUUUUUCACGAGAUCUUCAUGAAAAUUGGUGAGAAUGUUCACCUUGAUGAUAUCUAGGUCAAAUUUAAAAGUGGGUCACGUGCCUCCAAAAACUAGGUCAUUAGGUCAAAUAAUAGAAAAACCUUGUAACCUCUCUAGAGGCCAUAUUUUUCAAUGGAUCUUCAUGAAAAUUGGUCAGAAUUUUUUAUCUUGAUGAUAUCUAGGUCACUUGUGCUCAAAAACUAAGUCACUAUGUCAAAUAAUAGAAAUAACGACGUCAUACUCAGUUCAACACUGGGUCAUGUGGGGAUAGGUGAGCGAUUCAGGACCAUCAUGGUCCUCUUGUCUGAUAAUGGGGGGCUGUCUGAGCUUAGAAUAGAAAAACGUUUAUACUAAACACUGUUGUUACCAUUCAUGAUUACCAUUAGAUAUAUUUAAGGUCAAAUUGUCAGUUUCAUGUGAGCUGCUUAAGGUAACCUUGGCCCUCUUGAUUUUCUUCCUCGCUGCAGAUAAAAGAGGAUUUUUAUAUGCCGGAAGGGAUGUAUUAUGUUAUGACGCCGCUGUCCGUCUGUCCAUUAGCGAUUUUGAAGAAACUUGACACAAAUGUUCACCACAUCGAGACGACAUGCAGAGCGCAUGUUUUGAAUGGCUUGCUUCAAGGUCAAGGUCAAACUUUUGAAGGUCAAAGGUCAUGUGACUAUGUUUUGUGUCUGCUCUGUAACUCUUGAACUACUUGAAGGAUUUUAAAGAAGCUUAGCACAAAUGUUCACCAUAUCGAGAAGACGUGCAGAGUGCAUGUUUCGGAUGGCUUACUUCAAGGUCAAGGUCACACGGGUCAAAGAUCAUACCUUUGGGCAUAUAUUGCUCUGCAUUGCGGUGCUCUUGUUAUACUUUGUGAAAGUAGAGUAUAUUCUAUUUCUGUGUAUAGUUCUUGUACAUUAAUUUUGUAUUUCAAAAACAGUGCUUUAUUUCUCAAAUGACCAAAUACAAAAUGUAGUAAUAUUCUGCUGCAAUGAAAAUGGUUUUGAAUAAGUCUCAUAUUUAUUAGCCCACCAUCAUGAUGAUGGUGGGCUAUUAAAAUCACUCUGCAUCCGUGGUCCGUCCGUCCGUCAUUCCGUCCGUCAUUCCGUCCGUCCGUCCGUCAGUCCGUCUGUCCGUCCGUCCGUCCGUCCGUUAACAAUUUCUCGUUAUCGCAUCUCCUCAGAAACUACUGGGGGGAUUUUGACCAAACUUUGUCAGAAUGAUGUAUUGGUACCCUAGUUGUGUCCCCCUGAAAAUCAGACUGGUUCAACAAUUUAUGAGUGAGUUAUGGCCCUUUGUUUAUUUCUAUAAUUUAUAUAGAUUUAUAUAGGGAAAAACUUUGAAAACCUUCUUGUCCAAAACCACAGAGCCUAGGGCUUUGAUAUUUGGUAUGAAGCAUCAUCUAGUGGUCCUCUACCAAGAUGAUUCAAAUUAUUUGUCUGGGGUCAAAUAUGGCCCUGCCCUGGGGGUCACAUGGUUUAUAUAGACUUAUAUAGGGAAAAACUUUGAAUAACCUCUUGUCCAAAACCACAGGGCCUAGGGCUUUGAUAUUUUGUAUGUGACAUCAUCUAGUGGUCUUCAAUUAAGAUUGUUCAAAUUAUACCCCUAGGGUCAAAUAUGGCCCCGCCCUGGGGGUCAUAUGGUUUACAUAGACUUACAUAGGGAAAAACUUUGAAAAUCUUCUUGUCCAAACCACAAAGCCUAGGGCUUUGAUACUUGAAAUGUAGCAUCAUCCAGUGGUUCUCUACCAAGUUUGUUCAAAUUAUCCUCCUAGGGUUAAAUAUGGCCCCGCCCCGGGGGUCACAUGGUUCAUAUAGACUUAUAUAGGGAAAAGCUUUUAAAAUGUUCUUGUCAGUAACUACAACAUUCAAACUUGGACCACGUAUAUUUUUGAGUGGCAAGAUGAACCUUGACAUGAGUUGACCUUGAUUUUGACCUAGUGACCUACUUUCACAUUUCUGUAGCUACAGCCUUCAAAUUUGGACCACAUGCAUAAUUUUGUGCACUGGAAAAAACUUUGACCUUUAUUUUGACCUAGUGACCUACUUUCACAUUUUUGAAGGUACAGGCAUCAAAUUUGGACCAUAUGCAUAGUUUCGUGUUUCAAAAUGAAAUUUGACAUUGAUUUUGACCUAGUGACCUACUUUCACAUUUCUCAAGCUACAGCCUUCAAAUUUGGACUACAUGCAUAGUUUUGUGUACCGAAAAAAACUUUGACCUUGACAUUGACCUAGUGACCUACUUUCACAUUUUUGAAGGUACAGGCUUCAAAUUUGGACCACAUGCAUAGUUUUGUAUUCUGAAAUAAAAUUUGACCUUUAUUUUGACCUAGUGACCUACUUUUACAUUUCUCAAGCUACAGCCUUCAAAUUUGGACCACUUGCAUAGUUUUGUGUACUGAAAUGACCUUUGACCUUUACAUUGACCUAGUGACCUACUUUCACAUUUUUAGUCCACCAUCAUCAGAUGGUGGGCUAUUAAAAUCACUCUGCGUCCGUGGUCCGUCCGUCCGUCAUUCCGUCCGUCCGUCCGUCCGUUAACAAUUUCUCGUUAUCGCAUCUCCUCAGAAACUACUUGGGGGAUUUUGACCAAACUUUGUCAGAAUGAUGUAUUGGUACCCUAGUUGUGUCCCCCUGAAAAUCAGACUGGUUCAACAAUUUAUGAGUGAGUUAUGGCCCUUUGUUUAUUUCUAUAAUUUAUAUAGAUUUAUAUAGGGAAAAACUUUGAAAACCUUCUUGUCCAAAACCACAGAGCCUAGGGCUUUGAUAUUUGGUAUGAAGCAUCAUCUAGUGGUCCUCUACCAAGAUGAUUCAAAUUAUUUCUCUGGGGUCAAAUAUGGCCCCGCCCUGGGGGUCACAUGGUUUAUAUAGACUUAUAUAGGGAAAAACUUUGAAUAACCUCUUGUCCAAAACCACAGGGCCUAGGGCUUUGAUAUUUUGUAUGUGACAUCAUCUAGUGGUCUUCAACUAAGAUUGAUCAAAUUAUACCCCUAGGGUCAAAUAUGGCCCCGCCCUGGGGGUCAUAUGGUUUACAUAGACUUAUAUAGGGAAAAACUUUGAAAAUCUUCUUGUCCAAACCACAAAGCCUAGGGCUUUGAUACUUGUAAUGUAGCAUCGCCUGGUGGUUCUCUACCAAGUUUGUUCAAAUUAUCCUCCUAGGGUUAAAUAUGGCCCCGCCCCGGGGGUCAAUUGGUUCAUAUAGACUUAUAUAGGGAAAAGCUUUUAAAAUGUUCUUGUCAGUAACUACAACAUUCAAACUUGGACCACAUGUAUUAUUUUUGAGUGGCAAGAUGAACCUUGACAUGAGUUGACCUUGAUUUUGACCUAGUGACCUACUUUCACAUUUCUGUAGCUACAGCUUUCAAAUUUGGACCACAUGCAUAAUUUUGUGCACUGGAAAAAACUUUGACCUUUAUUUUGACCUAGUGACCUACUUUCACAUUUUUGAAGGUACAGGCAUAAAAUUUGGACCAUAUGUAUAGUUUCGUGUUUCAAAAUGAAAUUUGACAUUGAUUUUGACCUAGUGACCUACUUUCACAUUUCUCAAACUACAGCCUUCAAAUUUGGACUACACGCAUAGUUUUGUGUACCGAAAAAAACUUUGACCUUGACAUUGACCUAGUGACCUACUUUCACAUUUUUGAAGGUACAGGCUUCAAAUUUGGACCACGUGCAUAGUUUUGUAUUCUGAAAUAAAAUUUGACCUUAAUUUUGACCUAGUGACCUACUUUUACAUUUCUCAAGCUACAGCCUUCAAAUUUGGACCACUUGCAUAGUUUUGUGUACUGAAAUGACCUUUGACCUUUACAUUGACCUAGUGACCUACUUUCACAUUUUUAAGGUACAGGCUUCAAAUUUGGACCACAUGCAUAGUUUUGUAUUCCGAAAUAAUAUUUGACCUUGAUUUUGACCUAGUGACCUACUUUUACAUUUCUCAAGCUACAGCCUUCAAAUUUGGACCACAUGCAUAGUUUUGUGUACCGAAACAAACUUUGACCUUUACAUUGACCUAGUGACCUACUUCCACAUUUUUGAAGGUACAGGCUUCAAAUUUGGACCACAUGCAUAGUUUUGUAUUCCGAAGUAAAAUUUGACCUUGAUUUUGACCUAGUGACCUAGUUUUACAUUUCUCAAGCUACAGCCUUCAAAUUUGGACCACUUGCAUAGUUUUGGGUACCAAAAUGAACUUUGACCUUAAGAUUGACCUAGUGACCUACUUUCACAUUUCUGUAGCUACAGGCUUCAAAUUUAGGACCACAUGCAUAGUUUUGUGUACCCAAACAAAUGACUUUGACAUUGACCUAGUGACCUACUUUCACAUUUUUGAAGGUACAGGCUUCAAAUUUGGACCACAGGCAUAGAUUUGUGUUGUGUACGAAAAUGAAAUUUGACCUUGAGCUAGUCAGUAAGUCUUGAAAUUUGGAACACUCAAAAAUGGCACAUUGGUGGGCGCCAAGAUCACUCUGUGAUCUCUUGUUAAGGUACAGGCUUCAAAUUUGGACCACAUGCAUAGUUUUGUAUUCCGAAAUAAAAUUUGACCUUGAUUUUGACCUAGUGACCUUCUUUUACAUUUCUCAAGCUACAGCCUUCAGAUUUGGACCACAUGCAUAGUUUUGUGUACCGAAACAAACUUUGACCUUUACAUUGACCUAGUGACCUACUUUCACAUUUUUGAAGGUACAGGCUUCAAAUUUGGACCACAUGCAUAGUUUUGUAUUUCGGAGUAAAAUUUGACCUGGAUUUUGACCUAGUGACCUUCUUUUACAUUUCUCAAGCUACAGCCUUCAAAUUUGGACCACUUGCAUAGAUUUGUGUUGUGUACGGAAAUGAAAUUUGACCUUGAGCUAGUCAGUAAGUCUUGAAAUUUGGAACACUCAAAAAUGGCACAUUGGUGGGCGCCAAGAUCACUCUGUGAUCUCUUGUUAAUGUAGGAAUAGACUAGCUGUAUUAAACCAUUUGACAAGCCACAAAAUAUGUUUUGAAAGUUUUUGAAUCAAAGUUAAAAGAUGAACUUUACCAAAAAUGAACUGUUAUUUGUUUAAUCUAAAAGAAGAGAUUUGAUGGUCAACUUUGUAAGAAAGUUCCAUCUUACAAUUUAUAAUAUUUUUGGAGAUUAUUUUGGUUAUUGCUAGUCAUUUGGAAAAGAUAACUAAGUAUUCACUGAUAGUUGGGAUGAUUAAAUUUUGUAUGUAAGAUUUGAAGUUUUUGACGUCUGCAAACCCCUAUUGUGACAUUUUUUUUUCUUUUGUAAAUUUGUUAGUUUAAACAUAUUAGUGCUGAUAAUGUAUGAAUUCUUGUUCAUUUUCUCAUUGUUUUACCUAGAUAUUUUGAAUACAUAAAUGUAGAUACACUGCUCAUUUCACUGUAUUUUAUAGAAUGAUAAUAAAAAUCAUUUUUUGACUA